CUGCAGUCUGCAGCCGGCGUUGAGCGUUCUGGGAGGCGGCCUGCGGCCACUUGGCGGCCACCGAGGCCCACGGCUGACGGCCACACCAACUGAUGGCUGAAUUUCCGCUCUGAUUGUGACGAGCGGACGAAUGGACUGCGAUAUGGACUGCGGCCGUGAUUGAGCGAGCUGGGAGGCGGCCUGCGGCCAUCAGGCGGCCAUCGUGGACCGCGGCCGACCCGCCACUGAUUGCGAGGAAGCACAGAUAGAGUGCAGACGAGACCUGCGGCCUCGGAGGCGCCCUGCGGCCAUCAGGCGGCCAUCGAAGACCCCGGAAACUCCAACAGAUGGCCGAAUUUCAGCACUGAAGUUUCGUAGGAAGGAGUGGAGUGUCAAGGUCAAGUCUACGCCCGCACUGGUGCCUCCUUCCACUUUUCACACUGAGCAGCGAUGCUGAGAGGAAGCUGCUGAAAUCCAAAAUCCAAAAGCGGAGAAAGGAGAACAAGCAGCGCAGCCAUAUUAUGGAGAAAAUCAUCAGGAGGAUCAAAAUAUUGCCGCGGUGUUUUCCCAAAGUUUCGUGCGAGUGGAGUGUCAAGUUUACGCCCGGACUGGUAUGUAUAUUUCUGCGCGUCGGAUCAUCUCAACAAAGUCCUCGCGGGUGGCAGAGCAGUGCGCAUUUUUUUUUGCUAAUUUUCCCCAUAAAAAGGCUAGUUUGCCUGACAAUGAGAUUCGACGGUAAGUUAGGCCAAGGAGCAGGAAUUGGAUUAUUUUGGACCAGCCGGCAUGAAAAUUAAAGCUGAAAUCUCGACCUGCACGCCCCAGAAGUGCGUGCAGCUACGCUAAAACGCUACCGACGCGCGUUGGACGUUUUUAGAAAUUCAUAUUUCCGCCAAUAUUGCCGCUUGUCUGAAUGGAAUAAGCCGAAAGCCGUCUCAGCAGCAGCAGCAGUUGUCACGUACACCAAUUAUUUCCUUAAUAUGACCGGAAUAAGUUCAUUUUAUUUAAAAUUUUAUAUUUUGGUGUAUGUAAUUUGCAUUACGUAAUCAUAUGUACUGCGUUUUAAUAAAUUUAUAUCUUAGGCAAUCGCUAGCUGGCAAGAGCGAUGAAUCAAACCUAAAGAAACGGAGACUUGCAGUCACGGCGAAGUAAGUUAUUUUUGCACAGGUUUAUUAAUUAGAUCUUAAAAAUAUGUAUAGAAAUGCAUACGUUGCUCCAUGGUGUUUGCAUUAUUCUGUGCAGCUUGGGAUUUAUCGCAAAAUAUGGAAAUUAUGCUGGAGGACAAAGGAUUUCCCAAUUAUCGGCGGUAUUUCGUUGAGUCGAAACUAAUUUCCGCAGAUUAAAUAAUUAAAUUAUUAUUUUUGGCGGCUAUAAUUAACUGUCGAUUUGCUGCGGUGUGGAGCAGGGAAAAAUGGUAAGUUUGGCAAUAUUCGACGCACGCUACUCAAUCAUCAACAAGCACAAAAUCUGCUUGUUGUGCGUCUGCUGCUGGCGCAUUGCUGAAAUACUUCUCUUUGCUCACUAACUCCUGCGUCUGCGGUUUCUCGCACUAAUUUCUUAAGAAAUUUGCAUUUUUUCAAAGAGUUUUCUUGGAUUGGAAGGUAAGACGGUUUCCUUCAAUUUCUCUAACGUUCCGGAAAGUUGCUUUCAAUUUGUUUUCUUUCUAGAAAUAUGCAAAAUCAAUUUAUUUAAAUCGUUAUUUUGGCAUUGGAAUCGAUUCAAGGUAAGAAUGAAAAAAACUCCAUCGUGUUGGCUACAGUGAGCAGUUGGACAAAUUUGAAGCCAUCAAAGUAAAACAGAACUUGUAGAUUUUUCAAAAGACCGAAUGCGCAUAAUGAAAAUUAAAAGUCAGCCGCGAGUUUCAAAUCGGCAGCUGGCGAUGACAGCUUCUCCAAAUUAUUGCGCAGUAUAUAAUGGUGUGCCGACAGACGUUUUUCCCCGGUGGCUGGCAGCCCAGCCAGAUUCACGGCGACUGCGCACGUGACUCUAAAAAAAUUUGGUGACUGGCUGCGUGACCUGAACACAAAAUCAAACGUAAAUUUUCAUAAAAUUGCAUUGUUGCAUUUUUUUCUGCGUUCUUAAAAAAGCUAUGUUUGCAUUUCAUUUUAAGUGAUCCAUUGUUUGCUUCAAAUCAAGGUGAGUUUGUGUUUUGUACGGAACAGUCUGAAUUAUUUAUUAGAAAAACAAACAAGGUAAAAAAUAAAAAUCGACGUGGAACAAGUAAUUUGACCGUCGAUUUUAUUAAAUUUUAAAAAUGGUAUUUAGUUCAUGCGUUUGCGGAUUCUGUGCCAAUGUGAAUGAGUUUUCUGCUCUUUUUUCAGAGUUUUGUAGGAGUAUGACGCCCGAGAUGGUGAGUACUUCGGCGGAUCUUCUCAUCGAAGUCUUCGCUGGUGGCAGUGCAGAGCGCUUUUUUUUGCUAUCAUUAAAGCGGCGCGGACCUGCUUAAAAUAAUAAUUUCACCGCCACUGCUUCCGCUGGGCUGAAUGAAAAAGGCAAAAAGCCGCGGCAGCCGCAGCUUUUGUUCGCACCUGGGCGCGUAAUUUCGCGUUGACGAGACGACUGAAUUUAUCUGAUCACUUUUAAUUUACGCAGCUCAUUGAACAAAGUUUGAUAUAGACGGAACGGGUGUAGGCGCUUAAUAUCAUUGGCUGAUUUUUUUUAAAUGAGAUGAUAUUACGCAAGUUGAAUGAUAUUAAAACAAUUAUUAUAUUAAUUUAAAAAUGUACUCGUCAUUUGAAAAGAGUACUGUUUUGGGAUAAAGAAACAGCAGCCUUAAUAUAGUUUAUCAGAAGAUGCUAUAAUUAUUAACUGACUAAAACUGAACUAAAAAUUUAAUUUUGCAGAAGUGAAUGAAACUAAAAUUUUAUAUCGAAGCAAAAUGCAUUUCAGUGACUAAAAUGCGAGCUACCCAUGUAACGCCUGAAGAGCGUGGUAAGUAGAGGAGAGGGCAAUCAUAAUGCCCUGACACUGACACUGCGAGCACAAUUAAUUUGAUAAUGCGAUUGUUAAAAAAGACUGCAGCCAAGAUAAAAUAUUAUUUUAUGCUGAAAUGUGUGGCGCUGCUCCCAUCCCAUCGCAUUCUCUGCUCUCUCGUGCGAUGCCAGAAUUUAAUUUUUCCGCCAGUUUUAUCAGCAACGAAUUCCAUGCUGCUGCAAAUAGGCGAGGAGAGAGACUGAGAUUGACGAAUAGAGGGGCACCGGCGACAAAUCCAAUGUAAGCAGGAGAGAAGAGUAAAACUACGAGAAGCGAAACAACAGCAAGAUAGGAAGGAGUGUGAACGUAGCUGGUCGCCGCUACCAUUUCCUCUCCUGAUGUCAGGCUGCCUGGCUUGCUCGCAUCGCUUUGUAAGCGACAAGCGUGCAUGGUAGAUGGCUUCGGAGGCUACCGAUGGAUUACCGAAUUCGAGGUAGAACGUGACUGCUGGCUGCUGUGCGGUUGUGGUUGCGAAUUGCGACUGCCAACGCCGACUUGCAACAGCGUUUCACUGCAUUCCGCACUCGUCUGCUUAUUGUCGCAGCAGCAUAUUAUGGCGCAGGCGGUCGAGAUGAUGUGUCUGGGUUGCCCUUGCACGGAGCCAGCCUGCUGUACGAGCGACCAGUCCUCAAGCGAGGCCUUCCCUCUGGCCGCUACUGCCUACCGCAAGCUCGACCACGUCCUUCGGGCACUCUCGAAUCCUGCGAGCCAGCAAGCGCGGUCGCCUCGUUUUCUCAAAAUUAACGCCUGGCGCCUGCUGCCUACCUGAGAUCCUCUGCGUCGAAGAUGAGGAGUGCCGUCAGCUCGAAUUUGAUCUCUGCGUCGCCUGCGUCAGCCGUGUCGAGGCCGCGGACGCCCUUUUUGGCCAGCCCUGCACCAUCCGCAUCUCACGUAGCCAUCCCUCGUCGGCCCUCAGCCUGCAUCCCGUUCUGGAUAGCGCCCUGAGCAAGGAGCCAAAAGGUUUUUUCCGUAAAAUUGUCGGGGGAAAAUGCUGAGAAACGCUUGGAGAAGGCCCGCCAGGAAAAGGAGGCGUUGGCCAAGCCGGCGAAGGAGUUUGCCAGGCGGAACAACGCCCAGGAAAGGAACUCGAUGAGAGAAAGGAAUCCUUCAAAUUAUCCUCUCCGACUUGGCGGACCUGCAAGACUAUUGUAUAAGAGACGGUGCUGAAGCUGAACCGUUCAUCAGGUAGUGCUCAGCGCAGGCCUUCAAUGGCGGUGCUGCAGCGCCGGAAAAAAUGCAAAUGACGUCAUUUUGACAUUUUUCGACAUCAGAAAAUACCCCGAAAUACUCUAUUUUGCAUUUUUAAACUAUUUAAUUGUGUGUUACUCGAAUAUAUUCAUCUUUGUUAAAUUUGUACGGUAUAUUCAAGAAUAAACCGAUA